UUUCCGUGCUGUGACAGUCUCUGAGAUUGGGGGGGAUUUAUGCAUUUUCACGAGUGACUUUCACUGUCAUGCUACGGUAAUUAUUUCAUAAUACGUCCUUCGCUGCAGGGCACGGGCUGGUUUGCACCAACCAACCGAGAUCAAGUUCCACUAGUUGACAACGUUGGGUGGAAAGAUGAAGCGCGCGCGUACAUAGGAUAUUCUAUGAGCAGGAGCAACAGAACUGCAGAAAACAGAAGAAGAAGAAGGAGAAGAGGAGGAAAGGGGGGGGAUCGGAUUCUCGCAGCCGAGGAGGCAGCUGGAGGAACAUUGAUCUCCGGUCGAUUUGGACGAACUGGCAAUUGAAAUAAAGAGACCUUGGGCAGAUCUAUACAUAAACUGGUAGGAGCCGCACCGCUGGCAGCAGACAGGGGUGGGGGGGAUUCGUGCCUCACUCUGAGCCGCUUCCUUCGUCAGUGCGCAUGGAUGAAAGUCACAGUUAAAAUGCAUGCGGCAAGUCCUGUCUGAUGUGGGAUUACCGCGUUUUUAUUCGCCCCCCUCGCCUCCCGACCAUGUUCCAACUUUGGUUUUGGCUCUUUUUCCGAGAUGACACUGCUAAUUUCAGUCGGCGCUGGGAGAGCACCGGAGCCCGUUUCGCCGCGCUGGCUGUCACAUCAUCGGCGUGAAUGAGAACGUUACCCGCGCUCGUCCAUGCCUGGUUUAUGGAGCUAAACACCGCGGAGACUUGACUUGAUUUUUUUUCUUUCCUCUUUCUUUUCUUUUCUUUUCCUCCUUUUUCUUUUCUUUUUUUUAACCAUCCGGCUGAAGGGCGGACAGUGAAAUCACGAAAUCCAUGUUUUCACUGAGGCUGGGGGGAAAAGACCGGGCACAGCCGUGAUUUUCGGCAUGUUUUGGCGUUUACCGGAAUCAGCACGAUGACACCUCAUACUGGUACUGCACUUGAGUGAGCUGGGGCAUCCUCUCCCAGGAAAAAUGCAUAUCUGGAUCCUAAAAAUAAUACUUCUGAUUGCAUCAUCUCUGAGGCUGGUUGAGAUGUAUGACAAUUAUGGGGAGAUCUGCCGAAACCUGUGCACGUGCGAGGAGAAGGAAGGGAUCCUGACGGUGAGCUGCGAGAACCGGGGGAUCAUCAGGCUGACGGAGAUCAGCCCUGUCCAGUACUCCAUGUACCACCUCCUGCUAACGGGGAACCUCCUGAAGAAGCUGUCGGUCGAUGAUUUCAUCAAUUACACCGGGGUGACCAUCCUGCACUUGGGGAACAAUGAUAUCUCUGAGAUAGAGUCGGGUGCCUUCAAUGGACUCCAGGGAUUAAAAAGGUUGCACCUGAAUAACAACAAGAUAGAAGUUCUGAGAGAUGAAACCUUUAAAGGACUUGAGAGCUUGGAAUACCUACAGAUUGAUUAUAAUUUCAUCACAAACAUAGAGUCCAACGCCCUGAGCAAACUACACCAACUAACAGUGAUGAUUCUGAACGACAACCUGCUCUCUGCCCUUCCUCCCAACAUCUUCCGGAAUGUCCCCCUUACGCACUUGGAUCUGAGAGGGAACCGCUUAAAAAUGUUCCCCUAUAUUGGCCUCCUGGAGCACAUGGACAAAGUUGUGGAAUUACAACUGGAGGAGAAUCCGUGGAAUUGCUCCUGCGAGCUCAUUGCUCUGAAGGCUUGGCUGGAGAGUAUAGCUUACACGGCUCUGGUGGGAGAAGUGGUGUGCGAGACGCCAUUCAGGCUCCAUGGAAGGGACCUGGAUGAGGUGUCAAAGCAGGAACUCUGCCCACGAAGACCCCUAGAAGACACAGUCAGGCCUGCGCCGCCUAGCAGCACUAAUGGAUACUACCAGACCACACCAGCCGCUGUCACAGCCUCUGCCACCUCCUCGGCUGUUUUAAGGUCUUCUUCCAGGCCUACCAAGGGCACACGGCAAUUGAACAGAACCAGGUUAAAGCCCACCUCCCGAAUACCAGGCGGCAAUCCAUACAACUAUGGCCCCAUCAUUGCUUUUCAGACCAAAUCUCCUGUGCCUUUGGACUGCCCCACUGCCUGCACAUGUAAUCUGCAGAUAUCUGAAAUUGGGUUAAAUGUCAACUGCCAAGAGAGAAAGAUUGAAAGCAUUUCUGACCUAAAACCGAAGCCAUACAAUCCUAAAAAAAUGUAUCUCACUGGAAAUUACAUCCCUGUGGUGCGGAGAUCAGAUUUUGUCGACGCCACUGGAUUGGAUUUGCUUCACCUGGGAAACAACAGGAUAACUCUGAUCCACGACCGGGCUUUUGGGGAUUUAACCAACCUGCGUAGGCUGUAUUUGAAUGGUAAUCUCAUGGACAGGCUCACAGGAGAAAUGUUUUUUGGUUUGCAGAACUUACAAUAUCUUUAUUUAGAGUACAACAAAAUCAAGGAGGUCGAUGCGGGCACUUUCCGCUAUCUCCCUAAUCUGCAGCUGCUUUUCCUGAACAACAACCUCCUGAAAACUUUACCUAUGGGCAUCUUUUCCAGCCUCUCCCUGUCUAGGCUUAAUCUGCGUAACAACCAUUUCCAAAACCUCCCCGUGAGUGGUGUUUUGGAUCAGCUCAAGCUGCUGUUGCAGAUAGAUCUGUUUGAGAACCCCUGGGAAUGCUCCUGCGACAUAGUGGGGAUGAAGAUAUGGCUCGAGCAGCUCAGUGCAGGCACUGUGGUUAAUGAGGUCGUGUGCGAGACGCCAAAACGCCACACAGGAAUGGACCUGCGUUCUGUCCCAUCAGAGCAGCUCUGCCCAGAUUACUCCGAAGCCUAUGUCUCGCCGACUCCACCUACGGAGGAGCCCAUGGACGAACACGUUGUCACCACAGGUGCUACUCGGAGGUUGGAACCCCUUGGCAGCACCGUCCCCCUCUCCGUCCUUAUCCUCAGCCUCCUGCUUGUUUUCAUCAUGUCUGUCUUUGUGGCCGCGGGGCUCUUUGUUGUGGUCAUGAAAAAGCGUAAAAAGUCACAGAGUGACCGUACUAGCACUAACAACUCCGACGUCAGCUCUUUUAACCUGCAGUACAGCCUCUACAGCAACCGCUCUGGACCUAAAGUUAAGGCCCCAGCUGGUCAUGUAUAUGAAUAUAUCCCCCAUCCAAUGGGCCAUAUGUGCAAAAAUCCCAUUUACAGGUCAAGGGAGGGGAACACAGUGGAGGAUUACCGUGACCUCCAUGAGCUCAAGGUCACAUACAGGAGUACCCCAGAUGAUGAGAGGGAUAGUAGUACGAUGAGGAGUCCUUCAUACAGUGUUAGCACCAUCGAGCCACGUGAAAACCCUUCCCCUGUGCAGGAUGCAGACCAUUUCUUCAGAGGGAUCCUUGAACCUGAUAAGCAGUCACCCCACCAGUCCAUCCCGUCAAUCCCAGCAGGGGCCAAUUUAGAGUACAAGUAUACGGGGCCCGUGUCGUACACGUACAACCCAAAUUUUGAUGUCAGACGUCAGUUCUUGCACCCGGAGAGAAUAAGAGAAACAGUGCUCUAUGGCACAGCACCCAGUACUGUUUAUGUCGAGCCCAACAGGAAUGAGUAUUUGGAGCUAAAAGCUAAACUGCAGUCUGAGCCUGAUUACCUCGAAGUUCUUGAGAAACAGACCACCUUUAGCCAGUUCUGAGCAACAGAGUCGUGAGCAUAAUGAAGCAUUUUCUCUCUCGACCCUCCUUGAAACAGUGGCUCAGUUUCUAGGGUGCCUUGGCACAAAUACAAACAAGCAAAAGAGAAAGAGUUGAAACGGGGUGUGCCGAACAAUCUUAUUCUUAUUUCAGAAACAUGACAUUACAGGAAUGGAUACAGCUUUCUCGAGACAUGGAUGAACAAAAUUGCUUAACUGAUGAUGCAAAAUCUAUUUUUCUAUGGUGAAGAUCGAAUAACACACAAAAAUGUAAGUGUACAGGUAAAUCUUACCCAACUUCAUUUUCAGGAAUAUAACCAUACAUAAGGUAUAUUGUGAAUCAGAAAAAGAAAUGUUUAUAAAAAUCACACCUGGACAUAUAAGAAAAAACAAACAAACAACAAAAAAAAACCCAACACAUUGUACAGCAGAUCAUCAAAACUGUGUAGGACUAUUUUCUGCUGUAGUCUGUAAGUAAGUAUUUAUUGAUAUAAUCUGCCAUGUCUUUUCAAAACUUUUGAUUCUUCAUCAGUAUUACCUGUCUCAUCAUACUCCAUCAUCCUCCGGAAAAAGGCUUAUGUUUCUAGUUUCAUUUACUGUAGCUCUGCAUUGUAAAAGUGGCUUUUCUUUUUCCUUUUUUGUUUUUCUUUUCUUUUGUUUCUCGGAAAGUGGCACACCCCAAUGUUCAAAACAGACUGCGUCAUUUGAAGAAGAUGGAAAAAAAAAAGAAAAAAAGAAAAAAGAAGUGUCUUUGUAUGCUUUCUGCACUUUUUGGAAAUGGAAGGCAAGUUAGCCUUCAAUGAGCUCUCAUAAAGGAGAUUAUUAUAUUAAAAAUGAAUAUGGCUAUUCAUUCUUAAUAUGUAGGAUUGAUAUGUUAUCAAAACAAAAAUUCAUAAAUGAUAUUUGAAGUAUUAAUUAUGUUGUGUAAUACUGGUAUUUUAAUCAAUGUAACACCUAUUUUUAUACGAGCAUUGGCAAAUUCUCUAUCGAUUAUGGGUUUCUUUUGUUUUGAUUGCUUUGCACUUAUUGCACUAUAUUGACCAAACUAUGUUAUUGUCAUCAAAUAAACAUGAUGUCAGGUUCAUAUAAUGUGCUUAUGCGGAAACUGAAGGUGGAAUGAGGCCAUUUGGGUUUUUGGUUCAGCAUUUGGGUUUUAGAUGUGCAAUCAAGAGAGUUUUCCCACAGCUAAAAGUUGUUUUAUGCCAUAAUCAGUUAACAAUAUAUCGGCUGACCAGAUCAGACUAUGGUCUGCACUCAGUCAAAGAAGAUAAAGAUACAGUGUAUACGUGCUCCACUUAAAGGGGGAGGUUGCGUCGUCAGUGAGAAUUGAAAUCAAUGGGUAUUAAUCAAUGACCAUUAUGUAAGGCUGGCCUUCUGCAAUUAUACCGCGACAACAUAAUCCACAUUGUUGUCUGUCAGUGGAUGAGCAGGUGUUUUAUAUAAACAUCAUUUAACAUCUUCGCAAAGUCAGCGGGUAUGAAACAUAAAGAUGUGCUGGAUUAUGUUUUUGGUGUCGAAACGUAAUAGGUUUGUUUGAUAUGCAAACAGUUUUGUAAGUCAAGAAGUUUAAAAAUAUAAGAAAACAUGUUCAAAAUCUGCUUUUUUUCUCCGGUCUUUAAAGUGCUUGUUUGUUAAGUGACUUCUCACUUGACCCACUUAAAUCCAAUAUGCAAAGUAGAUCUAUAAAAAUGCAGAGGAUGCACUGUGCCACCAUUUUCAGUGUGCAGCAAGCGUCACCAUUUAGGAAUUCAGUGUUCCAGAACUGAGAUGGGCACGGAUCUUUCUGGAGAGGAAUCAAAAGAAUGGAAGAAGUGUGUGUGUGUCUGUCUGUGUGUGUGUGUCGUGGGGGUGGCUGUGCCACAUCAGACACCUUAAUGCGACACUUAAUUCUGAACUCAAAAGGAAUAACUAUGAAUUUAUAUUAUUUUAAUCGACUUUUUCCCUGUAGAAAACGUCUAUUUUACGGUAUUUAACUGUACUGAGUUUUCUAUGCGGUGCCAGCUGCCUUUUCUCAAUGACAAAAAAGGGAAAAAAUCCAAUGCUCUGGGUCCUCUUCUUUUGUUGGAUCUUUUCAUAGAAGCCCAGAAUGAGAACAGAAGGCACCAUUUGGGAGAUGAGGAGUCCUGGAACUGAGUGUAACUGUGGAUGUGUCAUACAUGUAGCAGGGGAUGUGAAUCAUAGCCAAGAAGUGCGUGCAGUUGCCCAGUAUUAGUGGCCUAUGGGAUGUCGCAGUACUGACAAUUUUUGACAUUAUUUAUUUUUCUGAUGCCAAUGUUGAAAGAGGAAAUCAUUUAUAGUUUACUGAGGUUCAAUGAGGAUCUGAGCAGUACAUUGACAAAUUGUUUAAAAUGCGGGCAGAUGGCUCUUUUUCUUUUUAUCUGUUUUAUUAUUAUUAUAAUAUUCAUAGUAUUGUAUUUUUCAGGAUGAUUUGGCUACGUUCAAGAGAAAAAAGAAAAGAAAACAAAACAAAAACGCUUUAGCACAAUUACAUAAUCACUGAAUCAUGUAUUCCAAAUGGGCUUGUUAAUACCAUAUGCGUGCAUAUGUACAUCUCUCUAGCCCAAACUCCCAGUGUGGACGUUUAUCACUCUGUCCCGGUGUAAUUGGGGAAUGGAUGCACUGAGAAUCCCACUGCAGGAGGCUAUAAUGUGCACGUGUGUGUGCGUACAGAUAGAGGGGAAUGGGGGGGGGUGACUACUUCCAGUUAAAAUAAUGCUUUUAACCAGCCAAUGGCCUCUCUAGGUACACAAAUGGAUGCAUCAAGGAAGGACAAAGAGUUCAUUAUUAUUAUCCUUUCCCGGAUUAUUCAGUCUAUAGCCUUCUAUCAGGCUUCUAUAUAGUGCAUUCAGCGGCUGUGGAAGUUUUUCAGCAAUAAUCCCUCACACAAACAGUACGAUUUCUGCAGUGGUCAAUAUUUGCAUUCAGAUGAGGAAAGAAGCUCUAAGGUGAAAUAUCUCCAAAUGUGUUGCUUCAUGCUACACACGAGCCCCCAUGAUUUAUGGCUAAAACUCACCGUGUGGAAUCUGAUGCAGGGCUGAUGCAACACAAGGCGUGAUGUAGGUGCAGAUGUAGCUGUCACAGAGGCCUCACUCUUUUGCUUUGCUUGCAGCAAGGAAAGUUCAGAAGACACUAGUUAAGUUUGUUUAAAAGAUUUUUUUUUCCUCAGAAAACUAAAAGCAGAGGGAGAGACACUCUCCUUCUGCUUUCACACCAUUUGAGAGUUAAUCAAUGUUGAAUCAGAGUGGGACAGCGCGUGAAACCCGUCCAAGCUGCGUGAAGUUGUUGGCUCAUCAUUCUGCUAUUUUCGGUACAUGGACUUUAAGUUGGAGGCAAUUAUUUUCUAACAGUGUAUGAAAAUACCCGGCUAAUUAAACAUUUUCUGGAUUUGAUUUAGCAGACUUAUGCUAAGAUUAUAUUUCAUAGCUGAUCAGAUGGCACUGGCAGAGUUUUGUGUUUAUGGUAAAUAAAAUCAGCUUGAUGCUACACAUACACAGGGCCAUGUUUACCUACUACAAAGCCCAGGGGCAAAAGAAAGCUCAAGGCCCCCUUUAGUUCCAGUUCCUCUUUGUGUACUGCAUAUGUAUCAUGUUGCCUUUUAAGUGUCCAUAAUGCAAAAUAUGUACUGUUUAGUUUGCUUCUGAACAAUUUUAUUGACUAAAUCAUAUAAACAGAAAUUAAAGUAUUCAAGUACAUUAAAGCCAGGACUUCAAUAAACAGUAAAAACUUUGAUUAUGCAUUAUUAGUUGUUAUGCAUAAGAAUAAUUUUUCAAGACGUUUUAUAUAUUUACAUGUAAGCAACAAAAAAUUUCAAAGAAUUGCACAAAUUCAGGAUUUAAUACAAAGUAGAAAUGAAAGCACUGGCCUUAAGCCCUCAUACUUUUUAUUGUUUUUAAGUCUUUUUUUUAUUUGAAAUGAAUCAAAUUUACAACAAAGCAAUUGUCAAAAACAAUGAAGACAGUCUUGAUUAUACAUAAUUGCUUAUACAUAAGCAAUGUGUGUAGAUUCACAUACAUAACAAAAACAGUGUUCAGUGGAAAUAUUAGGUUUCAGCCUUUUUACCUGUCGUAUACUUUAAUUUUGAAUUAGAUUUACCACAAAGUAAUUGUCAAAAAUUAUAAAGACUGUCUUGCUUAUGUGUUAAUGAGCUCUUAUGCAAAUGAAUGGCUUGUCAAAAUGUGUUGUGUUAAAAAAGCAAAAAAAAAGAUGUAUUUGCUUUGUUUUUUUUUAUUUUGUUAGGCCAAAACGGUGUAGAAAAUUUAAAUGAAUAUGUAGCAAAUGGUGUUUUAAAAAUAUUUAAUAUUUGAAUGGCUAAUGCUGAAUCAUUUUGUUUCAAAUCCUGAGAGCUCAAACAACACAAAUUCACAUCAACUUUUUUGAUGAUACAUUUGAUGAUUUCCUUCUUUCUUUAAUAUUUUUUUCGUAAGGCUUUUAAUUUGAAGGAUUGUAUUAUUGAAUUGCUGGCCUGA